AAUGUAAAAAUUCAUCAAGGUGUGUAUGGAAGCUUUGCAUAUUUACUGUAUGUAUGUUAUGCUCCAAAAAGAAAUUAAAAAUAUGUAUAUAUUCAGAAUCUAGGCUUAGCCCUUAGACCUUCUGGGUCUCUUUCCUAUUGCAGUGACUUGAAGAAGGAGUCUUCUCUUUUGUUCAUCCUCCACAUUCAAAACGCGUGCAAACUUUUCUAUUGGAGAAACUCCUGGAAGUGGGAUUACUGGGAAUUAAUGGGCAUGAGCAGUUAAAGUUUGGACGUUCUGGCAGCCCAUAAGGAAACGUGUUUAUCUUGAAAGCACCUGGCAGAGACGGCACGGAUGGAGCUGAGCUGGUGGAAAGACCCCAUUUCUCAAACCCAGCUUUCUACAUGGAAUUAUUCAAAGGGAACCCUUAUCAAGCAGCCUUCCAGCUCCGGUGCCAUCCAUCUUCUAAAGGUCACAUGGGCUGCUUUUUGCCUUUCCCUUCCGUCAGAGUUGAGUGCAAGGGUCCUGACAGAGAGUGCAGACCUGAGACCUGCAAUGAACGCUUCUGGAAGAUGCAUGUGUUUGAAGACAAGGACAGAACCCCAGAGCAGCCCUGUGGUUCCAGCUCAGGAUGGACCCUCGGAAAAGCUGAGCCAGCAUCUGGCCACCGAGGCCUUGGGCACCAACAGCUGGGAGAGAGACAAGGCCUGCCGGGAGCUCAGUCCUGCCAGAGCACGCAGUGCCUCCUGUGACAAAGACCUGACGCCACCAACUUCCUCCAGGGGGAAGAAGAAAAAGAAGAAAUCCACCCGGAAGAAGAGAAGGAGGUCCCCAUCAUACAGUCCAUCGCCUGUCAAGAAAAAGAAGAAGAAAGGUUCCAAGAAACAUAAGCGACACAGGUCAUUCUCCAAGAAGAGAAGGCACAGCUCCUCCAGCCCAAAAAGCAAAAGAAGGGACGAGAAGAGGCACAAAAAACAAUCACGAAGCCGGCCCCGAAAGUCUCACCGUCACCGCCAUCACCAUUGCCCCUCCAGGUCCCAGAGUUCGGAGACCCGCUCCUCAAGCUGUGAGAGCAGGCACCGCGGCAGGUCCCCCGAGGAAGGGCGGAAGUCCCGCCGAAGGCACUCCCGCCGCUGCUCCAAGACCCUCGGCAAGGCCAGCCCCGAGGCCCGCUCCAGCCACCCGCCCAGCCAGCCCCUCCAGAUGCUCAGCCUCCUGUCGGCCAGGGGUGUAAUCACUGGGUCGGGGUCUGCAGCUGACCUCUUUACCAAAACAGCCAGCCCGCUCACCACCUCCCGAGGACGCUCCCAGGAGUAUGACUCAGGCAAUGACACCUCCUCGCCACCCUCCACGCAAAUCAGCUCAGCCAGGUCACGGGGUCAAGAGAAGGGGAGCCCCGGUGGGGGCCUAAACAAGAGCCGGGAACUCAACUGUGGAAACACCUCUGAUUCAGGGAACUCCUUCACCACCUCCUCACCCCAGAACAAGGGGGCCACUUUGGAGAAUCUCUCCCCCACCAGCAGGGGCAGAGAGUCAAGAGGAUUUCAGUCGCCAUGUCUGGAAUGCGCGGAGGUGAAGAAAUCCGGUUUGGUCCCAGCCACAGCCCGGAGCUCCCCCAUGAGAGGAUGCUCCCGCAGCCCCUCCUAUGCCAGCACCCGCUCUUCCAGUCACUCCUCCCGAUCCCCAAACCCCAGGGCCUCCCCCAGGUACACCCGAAGCCGAUCCACCUCCUCCGGGAAAAGGUCCUACUCUCGCUCUUCCAGCUAUUCCUCCAAGUCUGGCAAGAGGAGCCCCCCCAGCAGAAACUCUCGAUCGCGCCGCAGCCCCAGCUAUUCGCGGUACAGCCCGAGCAGGGAGCGGGACCCCAAGUACAACGAGAAGGACUCGCAACAGCGGGAGCGCGAGCGAGCGCGUCGGAGACGGCGGUCCUACUCGCCCAUGCGGAAGCGCCGGAGAGACUCCCCGAGCCACCUGGAGGCGCGGAGGAUAACCAGUGCCCGGAAGCGCCCCAUCCCCUACUACCGGCCCAGCCCGUCUUCAUCCAGCAGCCUCAGCAGCACCUCCUCCUGGUACAGCGGCAGCAGCGGCCGCUCUGCCAGCCGCAGCUAUUCCCGCAGCCGCAGCCGCAGCCGGAGCCGCAGCCGCAGCCGCAGCCGCAGCCGGAGCCGCAGCCGGAGCCGCAGCCGCAGCCGGAGCCGCACCCGGAGCAGGACCCGCACUAGCAGCAGCUCGGGCUCCCGCAGCCCCAGCCUGGGCUCCCGGAGCCGGAGCCGGAGCUACAGCUCAGCAGACAGCUACUCCAGCACGAGGCGCUAAACGAGGGCCCUCCUUUGAGCCGGCUGCCUGGGGGGUGGGGGGCCCUUUCCCUCUGCCGGCCUCCCCCGCUCCCUGCCCACCCUGCCUUCUCCUUGGUGACAGACAUUGAGGGCUCCUGGACCCUGUCCUUCCUGCACUCCUGGGGGGUAGGAAACGAAAGUACAGGGGCUUCGGCCUCUAUGUCAAGCUGCUAGGAGCCUCCACCAGCACCACCCUGGGGCUCAACACAGGCCUGGUCAUAUGGAGAGAACCAUCCUCUGUUGGCACAAAAACCCUCCAGGUUUUGUAAGAAGCGAUGGGUUCGUGACUCAACAGUUUGGGCCUGGCCAGGAAAAACAGAGUUUUGCUAACCCACUGCUCACAGGAUGCAUAUGGGAGGCUAGGAGUCAUUUGUCACACCUGCCCUCAUUCUCCUCUCAUCCCGUCGUGUGUGGACCCUCACGGGGUGGGAGGGGAUGAGAGGAAACCAAGAGCAGUGAGGCCCAGGAGAGGGUGUCGCGCCUUUCACCUCCCCAAACAGGCCCAAGCAAAGGCCCGGAGGAUGCUUGAGGGGGAUAGAAGGGGACCUAUCUGAGUGGGGAAUGUGGAUGUUUCAGUUGGUAAGAAGUGUCAGGAGGUAGGAGAUGGGUUCUCUGCCUGUGAAUAUAGCAGCAAAGGGCAAGGGUCAUUCUGCCGCUCCCAAGAUCUCGGCACAGUCAGGAAGAGCAGUCCAGUAGAUUCUAGCAACGGAGAGGCCACCACAUGGCUUAGACAGCCUCUUGGCUGUUCACAGGGCCCCUGAACCUCACUGAGAAAAGACACAGUGGACAGUCAGGACAGCUUGGUGUGCAGCCCCACAUCCCAAGUUUGCCUCAGCCCCCACUGGCUGGCACCAGCUUAAUUCCACAGGACCAUCUGCUGAACAUUCCCCAGGGCCGUGGCCGGCUGCCAGUCCCCAGCGCCAGCCAGUCUGGCCUUACCCUCCAGUUGGAGUGCGCCUGCCCCCUCCCCACCUCCCAGACUGCCACACCCUGGAUCCCACCCAAUGUGGCUGAACCAUCUAAACCCGCCCUCAGCCUAAGCUACCCCCUUUGCCUCUCAGGAAUGUUGCUGGGAUGGGGCAUAGUAGCUCAGGUUUUGGGGAAAGACCCAAGUCCAGAGAGUCUGGGGGGACAGGGGCUUGGGAACUCCAUGGCUUCCGAGGCUUCCUGUCAGCCAGAGCCCACCUUUAUUUCUGCCCUCUCCCUGUCUUCCCCCUGCCCAGGGCUGGGCAGCAUGGGUAAGCUGAUCUCUGACACACAAACACCACCAGCUGCUUCACCCACAGAAGGCACUGAGAACAGGGGUGUGAGGGAGAAGGUCCUUAAAAUAAACUCCUGGGCACCCCCCUCACCAGCUGACCGGCCUUCCGGAGCCCUGUGGGUGAAUGUCAAGUUUGCGGUGGCAACAGCGGCAGGGCAGGGCAUGGAGGGAGAUAGUGAGGGGGGACAGUCCGCAGCUCUGGAUACUGGGGGGCGAGCUAUGGGGAAGCAGGGACCAAACACUCUUCUUCCUUCACACCCCAGGGACAGCAUUUGGGAAAAAAUCCCUUUUCUUGACAUCAGUGACCCGUCUCCCCGACCCCUCGUCUUUCCCAGUCCAUCAGCCCGUGGGGCCAGAAACUGCCCUGCAAACUCCCGCAAGUCCUUCUUCCACCAGGAGAGCAGCGAGAGGUGCCCCAGACAGCAUGGGGUGACCUGGCCUUCCCCCGAUGCCCUCUGGCCCGGCCCUGGGCCCCACCCGCCAAGACUGACAGAUGCCAGUGCUGUCACCACAGAAGGCCGGAUGGCAGGUGCCUGGGACAGGGGCAGGUGCCCUGGGAGGGCAUGUACAGCAACUGUAAAUAACCCUCUUCCCUGCCCGGGAAACCAGCCUGGGCUCCAGUCUCCCAUCACGGAGACAAAGUCUUCUCCGAGCCGCAGAACCUCUGGAGCCACGGACCCUCCUUAGCAGGACAGCAGUGAGAGAGGCCUGGGAGCCUCCCGUCAGACUGCCUUCAGACAACUCUAGGGGACCAUUUUGCCUGGGGCUCCUAGCAAACCUAUUAUUUAUUUUA